AGAAACAGAUACCAAGACAACACUUCCCUCUCAUCACCAACACUCAUUCACACACAAACACACACUCCCUCUCCGCAAAAUCAAUUCUCCGGCGGCAUCUCCGGUGAGGUUCCGGCAACCUCCGCCAAAUCCACAUGGCACCACAAUGAAUGCGGAACCACCGCCGGCGCUCCUCAUGUCGGUUUCCUGCAUCUCCGACUACGACCUCCUCUGCGCCGAGGACACAUCCGGAAUCCUCUCUGGAGAUUCGCCGGAAUGCUCCUCCGACAUCGACUCCUCUCCGCCGCCUCCGUCGCCGCCGUCGACGACGGAGGAUUGUUCCAUCGCAAGCUUCAUCGAGCACGAGCGCAACUUCGUCCCUGGAUUCGAGUACCUGUCGAGGUUCCAAUCUCGCUCCCUCGACGCCAACGCCAGAGAAGAAUCCGUUGCAUGGAUUCUCAAGGUUCACGCGUAUUACGGCUUUCAACCUUUGACGGCGUACCUUGCCGUCAAUUAUAUGGAUCGGUUUUUGGAUUCUCGCCGGUUGCCGCAAACAAAUGGGUGGCCUCUGCAACUCCUAUCUGUUGCAUGUUUGUCUUUGGCGGCAAAGAUGGAGGAACCUCUGGUUCCAUCUCUCCUAGACCUUCAGAUAGAAGGUGCCAAGUACAUAUUUGAGCCGAGAACAAUUCGUAGGAUGGAACUACUUGUUCUGGGUGUCUUGGAUUGGAGGUUAAGAUCAGUAACCCCACUUAGCUUCCUUGCCUUCUUUGCUUGCAAGGUGGAUUCAACUGGAACUUUAACCGGGUUCCUCAUUUCCCGGGCUACAGAAAUCAUCGUAUCUAAUAUCCAAGAGGCUAGCUUUCUUGCAUACAGGCCAUCAUGCAUUGCUGCUGCAGCCAUACUCUCUGCUGCUCAUGAGAUUCCUAAUUGGUCUGCGGUUAAACCUGAGCAUGCUGAGUCAUGGUGUGAGGGACUAAGAAAAGAAAAAGUUAUAGGGUGCUACGAGUUGAUGCAAGAACUUGUGAUUAACAAUAACCGCAGGAAUCUCCCUACUAAAGUGUUGCCGCAGCUGCGAGUUACAACUCGGACCCGAAUGAGGUCAAGUGUCUCAUCAUUCUUAUCAUCAUCAUCCUCUUCAUCCUCCUUCUCGUUGUCUUGUAAGAGGAGGAAAUUAAAUAACUGUUUGUGGGUAGAUGACAAAGGAAACUCCGAGUGAAGAAAAAAGGAGCAACAAUAAUAAAGAAGGGAAGAAAAAGAGAGGAAAUAAGGUGGGCCAAGUUGUCUAGAAACCUCAACAUUUUUUAGAGGGUUUUUUCUGUUAAAAAUGACUUGAGUGAGGGUGUAGAUUAUUUUAGUAUAUAUAUUUAUCGUAUGUACGAGAGUUUGAUGGGUUUGGAGAAUUUAUAAUUAUUAUUUUCAUUUCAUGUUGGUGGCUCAUUAAUGAGUUUGUAGAAAUCCCUAGAGGAGAGGGAUUUCACGACAUGUUGCUGUGGCAAAGUAAAUGAGAGAAAGGAAGGAAAUACUGAAACAGUGGGUAGAAGAAUUUAAUGUGAUGUGUUUUUGUAACUUGAAUGUGGAAGGAAGAAGUUAGUUGCGGACGUGAAUUCAAAGUUUGAAUUGAUUAUAGCUGAAAUAGAUGAAAGAUGGUGGAGCAGUUCUGUAGAGAUUGGGAGAGAGCAGGUAUAAAAAAACGUGGGUGAUUGAAAGUUCAUGAACCAUAGAAGUUUGAACUGUUCAUGUCAUGAGAUUUCAUGGUCAGCAUCACUGCUUCUUCAACACACCGCGUUCCUUUGAUGGGAUACCCUCAACAGUAAAAACACAAUUGAAGGGCAAUAAGUUGAAGUUUGGCUACAAUUUGUGGACUUUUUUUGUGGGAACUGGCACGUGUGCAGACGGUUCUGAUGCGUGCCAAUUAAGUGUGUACGUGUGAAUUUUCUUUUCUUUGCGGGAGCUGUUUAUAUUUUUUUUUCCUUUCUUGGCCUCGAGUUUUGGCCUAACUAUACAGGACUCCAAUGGCUGGUGUCCGCGCGUGUGAUGGAAGCACGUGUAUAUAUAGGUUUAAUCCUUGAAUUUUUUGAUUUGUUUUCAUGAGAGGAGAACCCUCUUCACAUAGGGGCAAAAAGGUCUUUGGGGCCUUUCCCCAUGUGCUGUGUAUUGGAUUGAUUAAUAAUGACUAUUAAUUUCAUAGAUUUCUUUCAUUUA